CUAGGCAGAGAGAAAGAGGGAGGAGAGGUGAACAGAGGAGGGGUAGAGGAAGGCUGUGACUAAAGCAUGUCACUCCUAGAGGACUAAGCGUUGUGUGGAUCUCACUUGAUAUUUUCGCCAGGCAGCAUUGAGGACAGGACGUAGGGUAAGAGCUCACAGGAAGAGUGCUAGUUGUGUGGAGCUGGGAAAGACACGCGGGAAUACAAAGGUUCCAAAGCAAGAACGACUCUUUCAGCUCUAGUUCAGUUAAAAAGAGCGACAGAGGAAAAGAGAUGUCAAGUGCAAUCUUGAGACGAAACUCCAGCAAGCAAGGCUUGCAGAACCUCCUUAGAGUGACGGCUCAGCGCAGCAUUGAGGACGCGGAAGAGAUUGAGAGGGAGCGACGACGCCGGGCACGAGAGGCUCUCAGAAAAGAACACAGUAUCAGCGGAUCAGCCGGAUCUCCUCAGGACUGCUCUGGACCCACCGAGGAGUGUCUAUUUGAGAGUGAACUGAAACCCAGCAGCUCUGGUGCACUGGAAGAGGAUGAAGGUUUCAGUGACUGGACUCAAAGGCUGGAGAGAUGUAGACAGGUCAGGCAGGAGGAAAGUGAGUCUAGAGAGGAGGAUUUGGAGGUGGAAAGAACCAUGAAUGGAGGAAGCAGAAGAGAGAUUGACUCCACCGUACUAAAUCGACAGCAUAAGGGACAAGGUGAAGUGGGAGAAGUUGUGAACUACAUUCCAGGGAAGAAGAGCAGUGAAAAGUGCAUGUUGUUUGGAGACAAGACAGGCAGCCGUAUGGCAAAAGAGACACCAGAAUGGAAAGAAGAUUUAAUCAAAGUUAAUAGGAGACAAGUAGAAGAGCCAAGGUCACAUGUGGAGAAUAAGGUGAAAGAAGUGAGGAAAGAAGUGAAGGUCUCAUAUACAUCUAAAGUCUUCCUGCAGCAAGAUAGAACACCCAACACCCACAGUGAGGAUCCUGCUGGAGAGGAAGUGACAUCGCUUCUGCUCCAAACUAGAAAAACUGCAAGGAUCAUAGGUCAAGGCUCAGAGUUGAAGGAACAGGCAGGGGGCAAUCUGGAGACAGAGCAGAAGCUGGAGAAGAUCCGGCGGAGCCACCAGGAAAAGGAAAGCCAGGAGCUGGAGCAGCUUCGUCAGCGGCAGGCUGAAUCCGAGAUGGAGCUGGAGGAGCUCAAGAAGAGAAGAGAGGAACGCAGAAAACUGCGUGAGGAAGAAGAGCGCAGGAAGGAAGAGGAGGAGCAGCAGCGUCUUGCAAAGGAGGAGGAGGAAAAGAGGCAGAUGAAGGAAGAUAUUGAGAGGAGAAGGAUGGAGGCUGCUGAAAAGAGGAUGAAGCGCUUCAGUAUAUCCUCCACAGAAGGGGAUGAGUCAUUCAACCCUCUCAGUCCAAAGAGUCCCACUUUUAAGAGAGAGAAUGAAGAGAGAUUGACAGCUGAAAGUACAUGCUCGAUCAUGGAUAGAACAGAGUCCUUGAAUCGGUCCUUAAAGAAAAGCAACAGCUUUAAGAAGACUCAGCCACCGCUACUCCUGUCCAAGAUUGAUGACAAAUUGGAGCAGUACACUCAUGCUGUGGAGACCUCAUCAAAAGAACCAAAGACAGCAAAGUCAGCUGUAGUGGACAUGCCCAGUGUUCCUGAACCAGUGGUUGCCAAAAAGAACCUGUUUGAAGCAGGAGAGGCCUGGAACCAUGGCUCAUCAAAAGGAACUCCAUCAAAGGACACUGAUGGACUAAAAGUUGGUGUGGCUGAUCUGAUCACUCACUGGGUAAAAGGAAGCCCAGAGGGCGGCAACAGAUCAACCCAGUCCAAACCAUGUCCUCCAAGAAUGCUCUGUGCUUCUUCUCAGGAUGUUAAAGCAGGAGAUGUGCUCCAGAAGAAAAACAUGUGGGAGAUCAUAGGGGAAGGAUCAGCCACCGGGCAGUCAGGACACACAGGGAAGGGAACCUCUUCUGGUAAACGCUACAAGUUUGUGGUGACUGGCCAUGGCAAAUAUGAGAAGAUUCCCAUUGAUGAUGACCAUUACAGUGAUUAUCCAAAUGGAAAAUCAAGGGACCUGUACAACAAUGACUUGUAAAAUCCUGUUGCAUAAUACCAUGCUAUUGUGAUUUGGAGGUUUUACAAGGACAAUUACAGGUUUUUACAUUAACAUGCAUAAUUGACUUUCACUGUCAGAUACUUUGAAAUGUCGACAGAAAUUUUAAUAUAGGGUGGAUCUUGUUGAUUUUAUCAUCUGUGUCACAUAUAUAUUUGUAUUAAUAUGUCAUGAAGCACAUUAAGUUUACAUCACUUCUUUCAUCUGUCCUUGUUUAAAAUUUGUCCACACGUUUCCAGACCCCAAAUCAGAUUCUUACGUAUGGUAUUUUGUUGCUAUGGUUAUGUAUAUGUAAAUAGGAUGUUUGAAUUAAUACGAAGAUCAUUGUUAUACUUUGGAGUUAGACCCAACCCUAAAUAUUGUGGAUGGACAAUGGCUUGGAGCCAAACAGCAAAAUUAGGCUUUUUGAAGUUUGUUUUAUAUACAGAAUAAAUACUAAAAAAUAGAUAGAGAUUCAGCCUUUCAAGCUUUCACUAGUACGUGACACUGGUAUUUGGGGUCCAGUUCGUCACUGUGAGUAUAGUCAACCAUGGUUAAGAAAUAUUCUUCAUUUAUACCUAAACACUGGAGUUAAUCCACUUUACUAUAUUUAUGAAAAACAAUGAUGAUCAAUUGCACCACUAGUCUGCUCCAUACAAUAUCACAGCAUGGUUAAAGAUUUUCCUGAUUUUCUUUAAAAUAUAUAUUUUGAAUGUUCUACCUAUGAAACCCUUUUCUAUUGUACUAGUAUUUUGUUGUAAUAAAUUUGACAUUUUUAUUAUUAAA